AUUAAAAAUGUAUAUAACGAAAAAAGCGCCAAACUGCGGGUAAAAGUAGAUUUAUGACUUUAAAAGAAAAGUACAUAUACAUAAAUAAAAUAAAUAUAAAUCAUGAUAAUACUCAGUUUCAAAUCUAGUGAUAUUUAUAUGCUAACCGGGAAAUCGUUGCGCAGGCGUUCACAAUUCACAUUGCAACUUUUGUUAGGUUAGAAACUUUUCAAAUGCAUUUAUGGCAAGUGAAGGAGCGGUACUUAUGUUCGCACGUGCUGAACGUGAUAAUUUUGCCGCUGGUUGUUAUUAUUAGUUAGUAGAAGAAUUAUAUAGGUUUACCGUUGAAAAUUCGAAAUAACAAUCAUUAAGAAAUAGUCUAAAAAUGAGCAUUAAAAUCUGCUGCGUUUGUGAAAACAAAGACGCGAAAUAUAAGUGUCCGAAAUGUAAACAAACGUAUUGCUCAGUAGUUUGCUGCAAUAAACACAGAGAUAAUUGCAAAGAAAAUACUGAAGUAAAAAUCUGCAGUGAGAGCGAAAGUCCAGUAAAGAAAAGUGACAUGUCCUACGAUUUUCCUACAGAAGAUACUGUUCCUAUUGACAAACUUGAACAGUUACGUUACAGUGAAGAGGUGAAAAAUUGUCUGAAAAAUCCUCAAGUUAGAGAUAUAAUUUCAUCCGUUCUGACAGACAAAGAUCCGACAAAGGCUAUAGCAAAAGCUAUGAUAGAACCUGUAUUUGUUGAAUUAGCCGAUGCCUGCUUAAAAAUUGUUGAGCCACCAGAUGAAGAGAAGCCAUGCUAAAAAAGUAAUUUUAAGGAGACAAAUUUCUCAUGCAUAGACAUUAUUUUUUAGAAAUUUUAUUUCACAUAAAAUAUAUUAGAAUACAAAGAUAAUUUAUUUGUUUACAAAAAUAUACAACCUACUAAUAAAUAAUAUCGUCAUUAAAGAUAAUGUGAGGAUAUGUAGUUCUCGAGAUCAUUAGGAAGUUUCGACUCAUCUUGUUCAGCUCCUAAAGCAUGGUAUCUUUUACGAAUGUGAUGAGCCACCAUCUUUGGUUGUCUGUCUCUAGUAAACACUCCUUUUUUAUUUCCUCCAACUCUUGUGUAAGCUGUAAAAAUUGAUUGAAUGUGCUUAGUGUAAGUUCUGUUAAUUAAAUGUUUAAAACUUAAAUAUGAUAAUGCAGUAUACUUUGCGCUGUUCUAAAAUCUGCAAAGCUCCAAAUGAACUCUCCAAUAAAAAAACCUUCAGCUCUUAAUAAAUCAAAAGCUUUAAAAUGUUUUGAUAUCAGUUGCGUCUGAUAUUCUUCACUCCAAAUAUAUUCUGAAAAAACAUUGCUUACCUCAUGCAAUCCUUGCAUCGUAUCUGCACCAUAUUCUG